AUGGCGGCGCGGCCGUGGCCGCUGCUGCUGCUGCUGCUGCUGGCGGGGCCGGAGCGGGGCCCGGGCGGCUCCUCCGGGCGGCUCCGCCUGGGGCUGGGGCCCGGCCCGGCCCUCGGGUAUUUCCCCGAGGAGCGCUGGAACCCGGAGUCGCCGCUGCGGCCGCCGCGCGUGGCCGUGGCGCUGCUGGCGCGGAACGCGGCCCAUGCGCUGCCGCUGGUGCUGGGGGGGCUCGAGAGGCUGCGGCACCCCAAGGACAGGAUGGCGCUCUGGGUGGCCGCUGACCACAGCGUGGACAACACGUCGUCGCUGCUGGCCGAGUGGCUGGGCCGCGUGCGGGGCCGCUACCACCGCGUGCUCUGGAGGCACCAGGAGGAGCCCACGUCGUUCCCCGACGAGGAGGGCCCCAAGCACUGGAGCCCCGCGCGCUACGAGCACGUGAUGAGGCUGCGCCAGGAGGCCCUGGAGGCCGCCCGGGCCAUGUGGGCCGAUUACCUGCUGUUCCUGGACGCUGACAAUGUCCUGGUGAACCCCGACACGCUGGCCGUGCUGCUGGCCGAGAACAGAACCGUGGUGGCGCCCAUGCUGGACUCGCGCGCCGCCUACUCCAACUUCUGGUGCGGCAUCACCCCGCAGGGCUAUUACCGGCGCACGGCCGCCUACCUGCCCAUCCGGCGCCGGGAGCGCCGCGGCUGCUUCGCGGUGCCCAUGGUGCACUCGACGUUCCUGCUGGACCUGCGCCGGGAGCGCGCGCGGCACCUGGCCUUCCACCCGCCGCCGCCCGGCUACGCCGGCCCCUGGGACGACAUCCUGGUGUUCGCCGCCGCCUGCCGCCACGCCGGGGUUCAGAUGUUCGUGUCCAACCGGGAGCAGUUCGGGUUCCUGCCGGUGCCGCUGCGCUCCCAGAGCUCCCUGCGGGACGAGGCCGAGAACUUCCUGCACGUCCAGCUGGAGAUCAUGGUGAAGCUGCCUCCGGCCGAGCCCUCCCCACACGUGUGGGUCCCUCCCAAGGUCCUGGACAAGCUGGGAUUUGAUGAGGUGUUCCUGAUCAACCUGCGCCGCCGUUCGUGGCGCCGGGCGCGGAUGCUGCGCUCGCUGCACGAGCUGGGGGUGAGCCCCAAACUGGUGGAGGCCGUGGACGGACGGGCGCUGAACCGCAGCCGGGUGGAGGCGCUGGGGGUGCGGAUGCUGCCGGGGUACCGGGACCCCUUCCACGGGCGGGCGCUGACCCACGGCGAGGUGGGCUGCUUCCUCAGCCACCACGGGGUGUGGCAGGAGAUCGCGGCGCGGGGCCUGCGGCGCUCGCUGGUGUUCGAGGACGAUCUGCGCUUCGAGGUUUUCUUCCGCAGCCGCCUGACGGAGCUGAUGCGGCAGCUGGAGGAGGCGGCCAUCGAGUGGGACCUCAUUUACCUGGGCCGGAAGCGCCUGGAGCCGGAGCGCUCGGAGCGCGCCGUGCCGGGCGUGCGGCAGCUGCUGCGCCCGGGCUACUCCUACUGGAGCCUGGGCUACGCGCUGUCCCUGCGCGGCGCCCGCAAGCUGCUGGCGGCCGAGCCCCUGGGCAAGAUGAUCCCCGUGGACGAGUUCCUGCCCCUCAUGUUCGACCGGCACCCCAGCCCCGAGUACUCGCGGCACUUUGCCCGCCGGGACCUGGUGGCGUUUUCGGCGGAGCCGCUGCUGCUCUUCCCCACGCACUACACGGGGGAGCCCGGCUACGUCAGCGACACCGAGAGCCCCCCGGGGACCCCCGAAAUCCGGGAGGAGGAUGAGGAGGAAUUCCCGAGGGAAUCCCGGAAUUCCCAACUCCCGGAGAAACCCGAAACUUGGGAUGAGGAUGGGGACGAGGAGUUCCCGUGGGAACCCCAGAAUUCCCAACCCCGGCACGACAGCGACGCCCGCGACGAGCUCUGACCCCAGAAUUUGGGAUUUCCGGGGAAAAAUUCCUGCGGGAAUCCCGGAAUUUCCAUCCCUGGCAGGACACCAAGAGCCCCCCCAAAAUAUCCCCCAAAUUUGGGAUUUUUGGGGAAAAAAUUCCUGCGGGAAUCCUGGAAUUUCCAUCCCCAGAGCCCCCCCCCAGAAUUUGGGAUUUUUGGGGAAAAAUUCCUGCGGGAAUCCCGGAAUUUCCAUCCCCAGAGCCCCCCCCCAAAUUUGGUAUUUCUGGGGAAAAAUUCCUGUGGGAAUCCCGGAAUUCCCAACCCUGGCAGGACACCGAGAACCCCCAAAAAUAUCCCCCAAAAUUUGGGAUUUUUGGGGAAAAAUUCCUGCGGGAAUCCCGGAAUUUCCAUCCCCAGAACCCCCCCCAGAAUUUGGGAUUUUUGAGGGAAAAAUUCCUGCGGGAAUCCUGGAAUUUCCAUCCCCAGAGCCCCCCCCAGAAUUCGGGAUUUUUUGGGGAAAAAUUCCUGUGGGAAUCCCGGAAUUCCCAACCCUGGCAGGACACCAAGAGCCCCCCCCAAAAUAUCCCCAAAAUUUGGGAUGGGACAGAAUUCCCACGGGAAUCCCGGAAUUCCCAACCCCGGCGCGACAGCGACGAGCUCUGACCCCAAAAUCCCCCAAAUUUGGGGGAUUUUUGUAAACAAAUAAAGUUUCUAUUUUUAUUUUUAA